AUGACUGCGACCCGCCCGUCUAUCAGGGCCUGUGAUCGCUGCAGACGAAGAAAAGCCAAAUGUGACGGAGAAGCAGCUUUGUCCACUUGCACAAGCUGUCGACGGGCUGGAGAGCAGUGCACUUUUAAUUUGCCCGUUGCGAGACGAGGACCUAAGAGCAACAAGUCGAGACGUCAUGCACCACCGUCCGCCGAUGCUCAUGGACAGGAUAUCGGUCUAUCAAGCUCGCUCCACGCGGGACAACCUGCCACAACUCUGCAAUUCUCCGCUGUCUCCCCUACGCCGCCCGGCCACGUUGGCUCUCUCGAUCCCCGCACUCCGAGACCAAGCUCCCUGACAAGCUCGCCCUCUUGGACUACCGGCCUGGUGGACCCGGCACUGUCUCCCCCUGAAGAGCAGACGCCGUUGUCAUCAUUGCAGCGAUGGCAUCACUUGGCGCGCGCCCUUCACUUGCGCGAUCCUGCGGCAGAUCUGGAGCGGACGGUGAAUCGGUGCUUUGACCUGUUCUUUGGAUACUUGUUUCCCCUGAUUCCGCUAGUCCAUGAGCCCAGUCUACGUGACGGCUUACGUUUUUUUGUAUCCCAAGCAGCUAGAUCAGGUAUUGGUGUGACAGGCCCAGAGCUGUGGUCAUCUUUCGUCCGCGGAAAUCCUAUAGGAGUGGAUAGCAUUCUCGAUCGGGCAAACAGCUUGAAAUACCCGGAACUCUGGCCCGAUUCGACCUUCACACUGAUCACAGCCGUCUGUGCGGAAGCGGCAUUUCUCUUGCCCAAGGACAUUUUUCCCGAGGGCGAAAGGAUCGCGGACUUAUUCCUCAAGGCGUCUCGUAGUUGUUUGCACAGCUACCUUGAGGAAGAUCUGGAGUACCCAAAUGCGAACUCUGUGGCUAUCCGCUACUUCCACUCCAACUGCCUACAUGCAGCCGGGAAGCCUCGAUUUUCAUGGCACAUUUUCGGGGAAGCCACCCGACUGGCACAGGUCAUGCAGAUGCAUGAUGAGAUGUCACUGCAGAACCUGUCCGCGGUGGAGGCAGAGCUCCGCCGACGUGCGUUCUGGAUCGUUUACAUCGGAGAUAAGUCAGCAGCAAUCCUUAACAAUCGUCCAAUCACCAUUCACAAGUUCUCGUUCGACACUGGCAUUACCAUUGCAUACCCUUCUGGCAUUGAGGAUGGCACAGGAGUCUCCCCAGCCAGUGCCGAACCAGAUUUGUCCACGCGAAUGAGCUUCAUUGCGGGAUUCAACGCAAAUCUACGUCUAUGGCAGACAGCUUCAGACCUCAUUCUCGAGAUGCGGCUCCUGGAAAGCCAGAAGGAGGUAGGGAUGCUCACUCCACGACUAUUGACCGUUGAAGAACGCCACAGGCUUGGAAACUUAUAUGUCUCGUUCAUCACGUCGUUGGACAAGUUGCCGCAGUAUUUACAAACCGACACUCUAUUAGCGUCGAUCAACGACAACAACAGUAGUUAUCGCCGAAAGCAGUACGUGAUCCAGUGGGCGAAUCUCAAUGUUUCGCUUCACUGCUUGAGAUUGGUCAUCGACCAGAAACUAGAAGAUCUGGGCUACUAUGUAGCGGGAGUCGAACAUCCCGAUAUGUCAUUAUUGAGGAAGACGGAAAUAGCUCGCGACAUGCUGCGAGUGAUCCGAGAAGCGCCCUUUUGGUCGCUACAGGUAAACGGCGAGCCAUGUGUUGAAAAAAUAAGGCUCAUUGGCGCUAGCCUGCUGGAGAUAAUAGACCAAUAUGAGGCUUCUCCACUGUCGGUGCGAGCACGAAACGAUCUUUCAAUCCUUCUAGACAUCCUCACUCGCCUGGAUUCAAAAGCCUCAGACACCCUUAGAAAGCCUUCGUGA